UACCUUCAACUUCCCAGACAAAACAAAUAUGGCUUCGGUUACGACAGCAUACACUUUUAUGCAUUGUGUGUUGUUUUUGCUUUUAACAGUUCGUUUUUCCUCGUGUUUUAUGAACUGGGGUGAUGGCUACCGACGGAAGGUGUCUCUGGAGUUGAACCCAGGUCUCGGUCCCUCGCUCACUCCGCCCCCUGGUGUUGGCCUGGUGCACGCGCGGGCCGAGGGUGUCAACGACACGCUGCACUACCUCUUCUGCAGCCAGGGAGCGCCGGCCUUGCUUCUGGUGCACACCAACUCUUCGUCCUCCACUCUGGAGGUGGACUGGCGUGCCUUCCUGGCUCGCAAUACCUCCGGCAGCCUGAGGGUGGAGCCACAGAACAGCAUCCUCUACAGUAACGCUGUCGUCUUUACCAGGCUAUGGGAGUACGACGAUGUGAACGACACAGCGGACCCCUCCAAAGUGCCCCCCUCCAGCUUCCUGGCCCCCUACGAGCUGCAGACGUUCACCUGGGCUGACCUCAACGCCACGCUGGACCCUGUUUCCCACACUGCACUGCUGUGCGGAGGCGACGGCGGGGACAGCUUCUCCAAUGGCUCCCUCUGUCUGAAGUUCUCAGCCUUCGAGGCGGCGGGGCGUGAGCAGGGUUGGCCCAGCCUCCUACACAACGCAAACUCCUCCCAGAUCAGUGUGCGGCUCGACGGGGUCAAGCCACGAUCCAAUGGGUCCAGGUUUUCCCUGGAGCUGCAGUCGGUGGGCGGAGCCUAUCCCAUGAGCAGAGUGGACGUGCUUCGCUCCAUCGAUGACGAGUACACCCCGUCUAUAUUCAAGGUGUCUCAGUGGGUGUCGUCUCCCCCCAACUCCUCGUCCUCUGGGCUAGGCUACGCCCAGUGGAAGCCCGUAGCCUAUCGGAAAGCUAAGCCCGUAUUUGAGGACGCCACCCCUUGCCACCACUCCCUCCCAGAUCCCCUGGCCCGGCUCCCACCCUCUGGCCUGGUCCUGGCCUUCUACACGGAGGGCUCCCACUCCCCCACCACCGGCCUCAACAUCUCCUUCAGUAUUACUGGAGACCCCUACUAUAACACCACCAACUACCUCAGCUGGACCGUUCUGGUGGGUCUGGGUUCUGCUCCCAUGGAUUCCUUCUCUACUUUGGUUCUGACCAUCAUGGCGGUGGGCUUGGGUAGUCCUCUGCUGAUUAUCCUGCUGGGCGGAGUCUGGGUCUGCGUACGCGGGAAAGCCACACCCACGCCUGCGGCCUAUGAACCAAUCAACUGAGGCCAAACGGCAGAAUGGAUUUACAUUGCCCCGCCUUCGACCGUUGGCAGACCACUGAGAAGAGGCUCUCUGGUUUCAGGCAGAUGUCGCUAAGACUGAACCUUUUUUUCUAAAUUGCACUGAUGGACAUGCAGAAUCAACGACUUAGGUGGAGCAUUAGACGGAUGCACUUCCCAGAA